CAUCUCCAUUCUGCCUCUUUUUUUAAUUUUUUUUAAAAAACACCAACCCCACGGAGACACCGGCCUCUUCUCGAUCGAACGCCUAGGGUUUCAUCAGAAAAAACAGAGGUCCGGAGAACCCAAUCCCUGGCCAUGGCCGCGUCCACCUUCAGCGGCGAUGAGACGGCGCCCUUCUUCGGGUUCCUGGGCGCGGCGGCGGCGCUGGUAUUCUCGUGCAUGGGCGCCGCGUACGGUACGGCCAAGAGCGGCGUCGGUGUGGCGUCGAUGGGAGUGAUGCGGCCGGAGCUGGUCAUGAAGUCGAUCGUGCCCGUGGUCAUGGCUGGAGUGCUCGGCAUCUACGGCCUCAUCAUCGCCGUCAUCAUCAGCACCGGGAUCAACCCCAAGGCCAAGCCCUACUUCCUCUUCGAUGGAUACGCCCACCUCUCCUCCGGCCUCGCCUGCGGCCUCGCUGGGCUCGCCGCUGGAAUGGCCAUCGGCAUUGUUGGCGACGCCGGCGUCAGGGCAAAUGCUCAGCAACCAAAACUGUUCGUGGGUAUGAUCCUCAUCCUCAUCUUUGCUGAGGCGCUUGCACUCUACGGCCUCAUCGUCGGCAUCAUCUUGUCCUCUCGUGCUGGUCAAUCCCGAGCAGACUAGAUAUCUGGCUAUAAUGCCUGUACCACUUGUCUUUAUCAUGUAUCUGAUGGCAUAUCAAAGUUCUUUGAUGUAUCUUUAUGGUUCAUUGCUGUUGUUCAGACAUUAUGCUUUGUUUUGCCACAUCUUGAUAAUGUUACAAUCUACUUAUAACUUGUUGGCGCACUCCUGGCAACAUGGUUGCUUGGAAUUGGAAACAUGGCAUCGAGGAUUUGGUGAAUAAGGAAUUUCUACUGGAUAUCUGUUA